AUGUUCCGAACCUUCUCGAAGCUUCGGGAGGCGGCGGCGCCACUCACCGCCGCGGCGGUGCGGAGGUGCUGCUCCGGAGGCGGCGGCGGGCGGAUCCGCGCGGAGGCCAAUUGCCCGCGCUGCGCGGCCCACAUGUCGGUCCAAUUCUCCCUCCAGCCACUCCCGACGCCCCCGCCGGCCGCCGCGGCUGGUGGCGGCGGCGGAGAUGGGUCGCAGAGCCAUCACCAUGACGGAGCGAGCGUGUGCCCCGCGUGCAGCGCGGCGUUCCUGUUCCGAGCGCACCGGAUCGAGCCCCUGCGCGGCGCGUUCCUCGAGAUCCCUCCUGGCGUCGGGGGCGAGGACGAGGACGCCGCUAGGGAGGGGUUCGCCGAUCGGAUCAGGAGGAUGAUAUCGGAGCGCCCGCCCGACGAUUUCCCGAUGCCGCCUCCUCCUCCUCCGCCGUUGCCGCCGAUGCAGCACGUCCCGCCGCGACAGCGGAGAACGCCCCGGAGGAGACUGAGGGAGGACGGAGGAGGAGGCGGUGGCGGAAGCAGCGGGGAUUCCUCGGGAGGGGAGGGUACGAGCGCUGCACCGAAGAGGGAGUGGUGGGGAGGGGCCACCCUGGGAGAAGAGCUUCCCACGCCGCGGGAGAUGUGCCGGAGGCUCGACGAGUUCGUCAUCGGGCAGGGGAAAGCUAAAAAGGUCUUGUCGGUAGCUGUAUACAAUCACUACAAGAGAAUAUAUAACGCGACUGUACAGAAAGGGUGUUCCACCAAUUCUGGGUGGCUAGACGCUGCAAGUGAUGAUCAAAAUAACAUAGAAAUAGAUAAAAGCAAUGUGCUUCUAAUGGGUCCAACUGGCUCAGGAAAAACAUUACUCGCCAAAACACUAGCACGCAUUGUAAAUGUACCAUUCAUUAUAGCUGACGCAACAUCAUUAACACAGGCUGGAUAUGUAGGUGAAGAUGUAGAGUCGAUACUGCAGAAGUUACUAGUGGCUGCUGAAUAUAAUGUUCAAGCUGCCCAACAAGGGAUAGUGUACAUAGACGAAGUAGAUAAGAUAACAAAGAAGGCAGAGAGUGCAAAUGUUAGCAGAGAUGUAUCUGGGGAAGGUGUUCAACAAGCACUGUUAAAAAUCCUAGAAGGAACUGUUGUUAGCAUUCCUGAGAAGGGAUCUCGCAAGAAUUCCCGCAAUGAGAGCAUACAGAUAGACACAAAAGAUAUUCUUUUCAUAUGUGGUGGCGCUUUUGUCGACUUGGAGAAGACUAUUUCUGAAAGGCGCCAAGAUUCAUCUAUAGGUUUUGGGGCACCCAUUCGGAUAAACAUGAGAAGUUCUGAAGUGACUGAUCCAAUGGUCACUUCAUCAUUGUUGGAAUCUGUUGAGAGUGGCGAUCUUGCAAGAUAUGGUUUGAUACCAGAGUUUAUUGGACGCUUGCCCAUCCUAGUUAGUUUGACAGCUCUCAAUGAAGAUCAGCUUGUUCAGGUUCUUACAGAACCAAAGAAUUCUCUUUCCAGACAAUACAGGAAAAUGUUUAGCCUGAACAAAGUUAAGUUACACUUUACUGAUGGUGCACUUAGAAUAGUAGCCAAGAAGGCUAUAGCCAGAAAUACUGGUGCACGUGGUCUGAGAGCCAUCUUGGAAAGCCUUCUAUUGGAGGCCAUGUAUGAGAUCCCAGACGAGAAAACAGGAAGCGAACGAGUAGACGCUGUUGUGGUGGAUGAGGAGGCAAUAGGUUCAAUUGAUAGGCCAGGAUGUGGAGCCAAAAUUCUUCGGGGUGACGGUGCAUUGGAGCAGUACAUAACAAACACUAACAUGAAGAAUUCCAUGGAAGCUAACGAGGGUUUGGCGGGUGAACUUGAAGAUGCAUAUAUGAUGUCAAGAUUUGUUAGCUUGUAAUUAAUUUGACCAACUUCAUUCAACAUGUAACAUGGUCUCCCCCUCACUCACAUCACAGCCGCUUGUUCUCUUACCAUUUUUUUCUGUAAUUUAUUUUUGCUUGUUUUCUGACAAGCAAGUCUAUAGCUCAAUUUGUUGUAAUUCAUGUAAACAGGAGUUGCUUUUCAUUGAGCAACCCUCCUGCAAAGUAAAUUUGCCCCUUCUUUUUUUCUGAAGCCACCAACUGGGCAGUUUAGUUAUUGGCAAAAGUAUAAAGAAUCCUACAUACCAUUGUUUCCUAGUACAUGAUAUGGUGCCAUUUUCCUGACAUGAUAAGCCAUCAA